GCCAAGUCACCAACGGGGAAACACUGUUUCGCCCCCCUUCCAAAGGCUAGUCAUACUGUAUCACUUCAUUGAUUCUGACACUUUACCGCAAGUAAACAUGGCUCCCUUCGAGAAGUCACAAGAAGUGAAACCCUUCAAACAGAGGAAAUGCCUCGCUACAAGAAAGGAUGAGGUGUGCAGUAUUCGCUCCAAAUUCCCAAACAAAUUACCCGUUAUUGUGGAGCGGUAUGUUCGUGAGAAGCACCUUCCACUGCUGGAUAAAACCAAAUUUCUUGUUCCAUUUGAACUCACCAUGGGUCAGUUCCUCAGUUUGCUCAGGAGUAAAGUAGACCUAGGGCCCACACAGACUCUGUACCUGAUGGUGUCAGACCACAGCAUGUCCUGCAUGUCUGCCAGCAUGGGGGAGAUCUACACCCAGUACAGGGACCCCGACGGCUUCCUCUACUUAACCUACGCGUCCCAGGACAUGUUCGGAGGAGGGGCAGCAUCGGCGCCUCCCUGCUGACACUUUAUGAAAUGAUCCAGCCUCAAGCACAGGGAGUAAACAUGUGAUGUGGAUCUGUCCCGCCGCUCUGAGUCGCCAACAGGGCUGUGUUCCUAAAUGCUACGCAGACGAGGACGAUGUGUGGACGGCUCACGUGGUCUGCAGGACACUGUGCCUGAAUCCUGUUAAACUGCAUGCAGAAAUCCAACUUCACUCUGGCUCUGGUUCAGUCAGCCAUUCCUCAGUAAUUAUAAAGGUUUUUUCUGUACAUUAUAAAGUUUUGGGCACUCAUCGUAUUGC